CUUAUGUCACUGUUAAAAUCCCUACAGCUGUAAAUAUUUAUUGAAUAUGAAAUGUACUCAUAUACUCCAGCUAGCACAUUACCAUACGAAUAAAUCUAACGUUAAAUAAAUCAUCUGCACUCCAUCUUUUAUUCAGUUUAUAAAGUUCUUUCUUCUUGCUCUGAGCAUUGUUAGCUUAAUAUGUCUAUUCAGAAGCUGAGCGAUUCAUGGUGUGCCUUGAUUUCUUUUCUAAUACAACGUUUUGCUUCUUAUAUUUCACCUUUUACAGCUUUUGCAAAGUUUUGAUUUGAUAGGACAAGAACAGUGAGGGCAUUAGGACCAAGAGAAAGACGCACACAUUGCUCUGUAUUAUGUCUGGCAACGUGCUUCCUGACUGAGUGCCGUAGUUAUGUGUGAAACAAAGUCAGGGACCGACUAGUUCUCAUCUGUUGAUCACAGUUAACUUGAAGGCUCUGAACGGGGGAGAGCUGUCAGAUCUGCUUGCAGAGAUAAGGAGCUUCAAUCCAGGCAGCAACUGGAAACUUUGAAGAAGCAGGAUCUACUCUGGAAGGAAACUAUAAGAAAUGGAAUUUCUUUUUACUUAGAAUUUAAAAAGGAAAAAAAAAAUCAAAACUUUAGUUACUCUUUUCAUCAGCUAAACAUGUGCUUUCCUAACUAAGCUGGGACUUUGUAUAAUAAAGGAUCUACUUUGUCUCACGGGAUCCAUGCUACGUUUUACUACACAUGUUCUUGAGGAAGAAGUGCAGAUAUGGAUCACGUAAGCUGCAAUUUCUCUUGUUGUUGCUGAUGCUGGGCUUUUUGCUACUGAUGGUUACAACGCUGAACCCACCACCCAGCAACCAGAGCAAGGAAGGGACUUUCCAGCCUGUGGAGUUCAACCUCCGGGAAGGGUAUCAGAUGGGCUUUGCGGAGACCCAAGAGAUGCUGGAGACCCAGGAGGAGAGCCAGCAGUACUACCCUCUGGAUGGGCUAUCCCCUUUCAUCUCCCUGCGGGAGGAUGAGCUGAUCGUGGCCGUUGUAUCGCCCACCGGCAAAAGGAACCACAGCAAGGCCAGGAAGGGCUACCGCGUGCUGAAGCAGCCGAGCAGGCGGCCGGAGGGGAAGGCAGAGGGGGACCCCGAGUCCCAGCUCCUGCCCCUUCCUCUGCAGGCUGGGGAAGGGGCUGCUGCGGGGGAGCCGCUCGGCCUGGAAACCCACGGCUUUAACGAAGAGCUCAGCGAGCGGGUCUCUCUGCGCAGGGACCUGCCUGAGGUACGACACCCGUUGUGCCUACAGCAAGAAUAUGACUCCAGUCUGCCCACUGCUAGUGUCAUCAUCUGUUUCCAUGACGAAGCCUGGUCUACUCUGCUGAGAACCGUGCACAGCAUUAUGGACACAGCCCCAAAGGCCUUGCUCAAAGAUAUCAUCCUAGUCGACGAUCUCAGCCAGCAAGGACCCCUGAAGUCAGCUCUGAGUGAAUACAUUUCUAAACUGGAUGGUGUGAAACUCAUCCGGAGCAACAAGAGGCUUGGAGUCAUCCGAGGUCGGAUGCUAGGAGCUGCACGGGCAACCGGAGAUGUGCUCAUCUUCAUGGAUUCACACUGCGAGUGUCAGAAGGGCUGGCUGGAACCCCUCCUAGCCAGGCUGUCCAGCAACCGAAACAGUGUCGUCUCCCCUGUCAUAGAUGUCAUAGACUGGAAGACUUUUCAGUACUAUCACUCUGUGGGCCUGCAUAGAGGUGUUUUUGACUGGAAACUAGAUUUUCAUUGGGAGCCUGUGCCAGAGCAUGAAGAGAAGGUACGACAGUCUCCCAUCAGCCCUAUCAGGAGUCCUGUGGUAGCUGGUGCAGUGGUGGCCAUGGAUCGACAUUACUUCCAAAACACCGGAGCUUAUGAUUCUGACAUGACCAUGUGGGGAGCAGAAAAUCUGGAACUGUCUAUAAGGACCUGGCUCUGUGGUGGCUCUGUAGAAAUUAUUCCAUGCUCCCGAGUUGGGCAUGUCUAUCGAAGUCACUUUCCUCGUGCUUUCUCCUAUGAAGAAGCCAUUGUGAGGAACAAAAUCCGAAUAGCAGAGACAUGGCUGGGCUCUUUUAAAGAGAACUUCUACAAGCAUGACACAGUGGCUUUCUUAAUCAGCAAGGCAGAGAAGCCAGACUGCAGUGAGCGCCUUCAGCUACAGAAGAGACUUGGCUGUAGAAAUUUCCAAUGGUUUGUAUCAAAUGUGUACCCUGAGCUCUCCCAACCUGAAGAUGAACCAAGAUUCUCUGGCAAGCUUUACAAUACGGGUGUUGGCUUCUGUGCAGAUUACAGACCUGGAAAAGCCAUUGCAGAAGGCUCUAUUGAACUCGCCCCUUGCAGUCACAGUCUUACCCAGUACUUUGAAUAUAACAGCAUGAAGGAAAUCCGGCUUGGUUCUGCUCCGCUGUUUUGCUUUGAUGUCAGACAUGGGAAGGUUAUCCCUCAAAACUGUACAAAGGAGACAGACAACAGCCACCAGCACUGGGAUGUCCAGGAGAAUGGAACGAUUGUCCAUGUCCUUUCUGGCAAAUGCAUAGAGGCAGCGAAGAGUGAACGUGAGAAGGACUUGUUUUUGUGUGUAUGUAACAAGAAUGCAAACCAGGUCUGGCAAUUUGAACGUUCCAGUGUGCUACGUCAGAGAUGACUGACAGGUCUCUGUGGAGGUCAAGUCCCCAAAAUUUAACAUUACUUCUGUUUGGGAUUUAAGAUACAUUUCCUGCAUGGACAAGAAAGAUGUUUGUGUUUGCUGUAGCACGCAGGGAAGUUAGGAAGGUCUCUCUUUUUAUAGCCUGGCUCAAAUAGUUGCUGCCAGUUCCUGGUUUAUUCAGCUCUAGCUAAAAUUUCUAUUUAUUCUGUGAAGCAAGGAAUAAAGAUAUUGUGAGCAUCAACAGAUUCUCAACUCUGCUAUUGCAGAAGAUAGUUAAGUUUGCCCUUUGAAGGAAACAUGGAAAAUUGGCUGCCAGACAGCUUGUCUUUAGCAUAUUCUGUGACUUCUGAGGAUACAGGAAAAUGAAUGUUUGUGAAACUUUUGAAACUUUGAGAGUAAGCGAGCCAAACCAGGAUAACGAGAGAGUUUAGCCUUUUUUUACAGUGCACUCCACUCAUAUAAAACAAAGUAGGUUUUGUAUACAUAAAAGUAGUAGAAGUUUUCAGGGGUAAUAGAUAAAAUUUUGUUUUCCAACUAGCUUGAGCCAAACUUCUACCCUCUAUGAGAUUGCACAGAGCAUAAAUUAGCACUUAAUUAGGCACUAACUGCUCUAAUUGACUUGGAAUACCAACAGUCCUGUGUUUGGCACACCCUUCCUUACAUUCUUCCUCCACAGUCUAAUUUGGAUGGGAGAAUGAACUGAAAUAUUAACUUUUGCUUGCGAGUUUUAAUGAAAUUUAAGAACAACUCUUCAGGAAACUUCUGUGGAAUAUGGAAGAAGAUUGAACUAGAUUAGAAAGAAGGGUAACAACUUCUCUGCUUAUUUUGAAAUGGAAAGUAUCAGUGGCAUCCAUUUGGUCUUAUAAAACUAGGGGAUGAGUUUAUUAUUAUUCCAGUGACAAAAGUGAUGAAAACAGCAAAUAAAAGGAAAAAGCAGGUUUCAACAGUGGCUACUAGGAAGAAAAUACUGGUGCCUACUUCACUUGUUUGCAGCCUCAGUCUUUCACACUGUCAGUUUUAGCCCAGAAAAUCUUUUAGAUUCUUGCUGUUGUGGUUCUCCAAGCUGAUCCUCAAAUGACAGCAGCGUACAAAAUUUUCUAAACAAGCUACUGCAGAGCCUGUAUCCCUGCUGACCUUCCAUCUUUCAAAGAAGUGAAUGAGAGUUUGUGUUAGGUAAUGAGAAAGGUCUCAUACAUUGUGCACUACCAAAGCAACUUUCUCUCAGUAUUUUGUUAGGGCACUUUCCAUUUUGGAGUUAAAACUAAUAAUGAUGACACUUUCCAAGAGCCUGCUAAGACAGAAGAACAAAGAUUUGGGAGUCUACCCACAUCAGCACCACACCUGAUUUACAGUAUAAAUCAGUCAUAACCAUAUGUAUUUAUUAAAGGGGAAUGGCAUCAUUAAUGAAACUUAAAUUUGUUUUUGAAAUUUUUUUCAAGACACGGAAAAUUGGUUUUUUUUUGUAAAAGGUAGAGCACAUUGUUUGAACUUUAGAGAAAGGAAGGAAUAACAGAAUAUUCUGCUCAGAGCCUCCCAGUCACCUGCUCUUGAUAAAUCAUAAUAAAUUGGUUUCAAGCAUAUAAAACUGGUUACAACAGAAGUCACGAACAGCAUUCUGUGCCGUCCAAAACAUUUCCCAGUGGGGUCUCUGCUUGCUUUGAGUGGUGCCUGAACACCAUGUUCAGGCAUCACUCCAAUCACCCUAAUUAUCACUUACUCUUUCUUUGAUAGCAUCAGAAUCUAAUACCAUUUGCUGCUGUGUGAUUUAAGAUUUCCUGUGACGUUCUUGAAAAUGCUUCAAAUUUCAGCUGAAAGGAUGGUAGUAACUUCUUCCAGAACACCAAGUGAUCCCUGAUCAUUGCCCAAAUCUAUGGUGAGAAAAGAGAAUUUCUAAAAUUGCAUAAAAGCUGAGUGAAAUGCUGUUUUAAUGACAUGUGUUUCCUUUAUUUUAAAUUAUAUGUAUGCCAGGUUUUUUAGUAAUGUAUUAUUUAUUAUAUUUUGGACUCUACACUGGGAAUAUAAUUCCUUCAGCAUUUAGCUUAAUGUUAAAAGCGUAUACAAAUGUGGUAAUUGAUCACAAGUGGGAUUUAUCAUAAGAAUUAAAAUAUUUUUGGUUUAGAGAGGAAACAUUUGGAAUUAAACCUAAGAGGUGUGGACAUCCUCAUCUUAUACUGCUAUUUAACAUAAUAAUAAAAACCUAGAAAAUAAGCUUUGCUGUAGAUAUAUGUACAAUAGAAAAAUAUGCUACGUAACACCUCUUCCAACAAAAUGAAAAUAUAUGGUUCAGUACCAUUUAAAAAAUAAUUGUUAUGACACUUGUUUCUUUUAGUAACAGUGUAAACGUGUGCUUGGUUUCCCAGGGAACUAAACCCCAGAGCACAGGCCAGAAGGGAGCUUCAGUGUGGUCUAGUAGGUCUCUGUAUGGGGAUGGGGACAGCCAGGGGACACAGAUUGUGAGCCAUACCAUGGUGCACACUUCCCUCUAAUAUAAACAUAACUUCUUAUUACACAAAAAACACCAAAGGGAAAACAUCUAUCUUGUUUUUCCUAGUUCCCUUCCUGUAUGCCUUUUAACUGGAUUGGUUGGUUGUACCAACACUGCUUCCCCGUUUACACUUUGUCCCUGUGGUUAGAUCCAUCAGCUAGACCCUUCUCCUCAUGCAGGAAGUACAGGGGACCCGACAGAGAGUCUCUGCUAAGGAUGCUAGUGUGUUUUCCUCAGUUUUGCCCAUCUUUCACACAACACUAGCAGACAUGGAAUUACUUUUAGCUCUGUAUUUAGACAGGGGCAACAUUUCAGGUUCUUCUGAUUCCCACUGACUGGAGAGACACAUAAGAACAAAAUGUUUCAGGCAAGGAUGGAGUAGCAGUUUUAACUCUGAAGGCCACCGAAGCAAAGCCUUGGACAAGAGCAAAGGAAAUCCAACAUAGCACAAGUAAACAUUUUACAGUCUAACUCCACCUGUUUCUUUGAAUUUGGCAACCCAGGCAUAAUGAAUGCUUUGAGCCAAACCCACCCAUGAAGCUGAACUAAAAGGUCAGAUUCACAAACACAUUACCUUUCCGUUGACAACACUAAAUAGCCUGGUUUAUUCCUCUUCCAGCUAACUGGAAAUAGAAGAACAUAAAGGGUUGAAGUAUUAUUCACCUUACUUUUAAAGCUAGACCCAGUUGAUGCAGUCAUUAUUGGCCAUAGUUUGGGGUUUGUCCAGUUAGGUGAGGUGUCAUCACUAACGCAGAGAAACAGAAUGGCAGCAUUUUUCUUCAUGUAUUAACCUGAAGUUUGAGAGGGGGAAAGGUUAAAGCAAUCUUUGGGCUAAAUCCUGUAGCACGGAAACGUUCAGGGCACCUCUCACUCCAUGUGUAAGUGCCUCCAGGUCCUCCCUUAGAGACGCUGAUUGAGCUGUAAUGCUAUCUGAUUACUAAAAUACAAUAGCUUCGAUUACAGAUUCCCCCAGGAAGGAACGGGGCUAUGCUGAGGCAGCAAGACAAGAUCAGUAACAGCCUAGAGUUGUGUAACAGCUGGAAGGUGACAUGUGAAUGAAAGCUUUCAGAUUCUGCCUUUGUAUCUCAUUUUAUCUCCAGGGGUUUGAUUCAGGUUACAAAUGUAUUGGAAGAGAGUAAAAAAGGAGUGUUUUGCAAAUAUUGGUAACUUCUUGGCUCAUGUUUUUAAGCUAUACAAUCUGCACAUGUCUGCCCUGAAUAAAGUAUAUCGGUGCACAGUGAAA